GAGUGAUGACUCCAGCAGGAUAGAGUUACUGUUAGAUGGGAAACAGCAGAAUCAGGCAGCACUGGUGCACAGGAUGGCACAGGAGGAAGAGUUUCAGAAGAAGGCAUUUGAAGCUUUGCAGCUGGAGAAGGACACCAAACACAGCAGGAUCACUGGUCAGAUUGCACUUAUUGAGCAGGAGUUAGUUCAGCUGACUGUGGUAGAGAUGGAGAAGAGGGCACUGCGGAUGGACAUGGAACAGGAGGUGCUGUGCCAGAAGCGGACAGCUCUGACAGCCUUACUGGUACAGCUGUUAGAGGAGAAACAGAACAGAGAACAGGAGCUGAAGAAAAGGCUGCUGGAGAUGGAGAAACACAGGCAGGAGGAGCAGGAGGACUAUUGGCUCAUCUUAUAUCAGAGGCUGCUGGACAGGAAACCUCAGCAACUUGUCAACAAGGAGGCUCAAGUUGACGUUGAUGUGCUGAAGCUGUUGAGCAGUGUUGGGGCAGACGACUAUGUUCCUGUGUUCGCCCGGCAUCACAUCUUCACUAUGGAACAGCUGGCUCAGAUGAGCAACGCUGAUCUUCAACAGAUCGGCAUGCAUGAGUUCGGACUUCGGCAGGAGAUAGUGUCAGCAGCGAAAAAAUGGCAAGAGGAAGGGCAGAAAAAGGUCGCUGACAAACAGGACAGGCCGGCAGUGUCUGCACCUGCAGCUGAACCUUCAGCUGAGGUCCCUCCAGUAACACCUACAGCACCUCCAGCUGCUCCAGCUGCCCCCACUGCACCUGCCAGGGACACCCUAGCCAGGGUCAUCACAGAAUGUGUCGUGUGCAUGGAGCAAAAUUCCUCUGUGUUAUUCCUGAACUGUGGACAUGUGUGCUGCUGUGCUGGGUGUGCGGGCAGUCUGGAGCAAUGUCCGCUCUGCAGAGGUGACAUCAUGCAGAGGGUUAUCCUUGUCUCUGUAGAAUAACAGGGUAACAGCAAGUUUGUCAGAAUGUCAACUUUGUAAGGCCACACCAAUUUGAUUUGUUGUUUCUCGGAUUUUUUCAGAAAAAAUCAGGAGCGACAGGGCAAAACAAAAAUAGACCAAGGCACCCCAUGAAAUGUUACAAUAUGAGUCAUGAAGUUAACAUACCAGGCUGGUUUAUAAUUAAAACAAUAGAUUUUGAACUUUUAAUGAAACAAAAUAUAUUAUUGCAUUCAAUUUUGUUACAUUGAAAAACAAUUAUUAACAACCAGGAAGAAAAGGUCUUUUUUCAACCGUCGGAGCCAAAACAUGUCUUUCAUUGAGAAUUUUGCAGUUAAUAACAGGGCGAUCCAAGAAGUAACAAAUUAACUUGGUGUGGCCUAAGAUUGGUAUUCCGCUGUGAUUACACAGCUGCGCAGCCUUUUUUACUUUAAAUUCAAGGCCAACCUCUUUGAAGUUUACUUGGCCGGCCUUAAACAGUUGUGAGAUCUUGAUCAGAUUUUUUAUUCUGUGUACAUAGGUGGGAUUGAGACCAUCUGGUUUAUACUAUUAUGUACAUGUCAAUAUAUUCAAUUUGUUACAUUUACUGGUAAAUUUUUUAGUAGCUCUGAAGAUGUGUGAGGGACAGAUACUGUGAGAUUUUUUGCACUCUGACAGUUGCUGAUGCAUGACUGUGUAUAUAGAGUCAGUCACUCACUCAAUCAGUCUGGUAGCUGGAAGCCAUAGGGCAUGCCCAUAGCCGGGGGGGGGGUGGUGGUUUGGGGGGUUCCAAGGCUCAAAGGUCCACUUUUUGGUCCACUUUUUAUUUAAAGGUCCAAGAUUUUUCUUUAAAAGAUGGACAGAUUCGUGUCACCAGCAAGGCUGGAAUCAUAGGAUAACUGCUCACGUGUCAUUGAAAAAAAGUUAUCUCUGAUUUUUUCUCUGAAAUCCUCUCAAAACUGCAGGAAAUGCCAUUUCAGAAGGUUCAAUUUUAAGAAUUUUCCGGGGGAGCAUGCCCCAGACCCCCUUAGGAACCUCGCGCCUUUGGCACUCCCUGGUCCCUCAAGCAGUUGGAAGAACUCCCCCAUUCAAAAUCCUGGCUACAGGCAUGUAUGGGCUGUCUGACAAUCCACAGAAUAUUAUUAUGAUGGUGUAAAAUGUCAAAGUGUAAGUGGAGCUUCAUGCAUGCACAAUUAUGUAUGGAGUAAUUAGUAUAUAGAAGUGUGUAGAUAAAUGCAGUCAUGUAGUCCUGGCCAUUUCUGGAUACUUCAGUUUGAAUGUAGACUGAGGGCUUCUGCGAUUUGCCUUUAAUUUUUGUCUGAUAUGAAAAAAAAUUCAGGUUCUGAAUCAAGUUCAAAAUGCCCCUAUUGUAACGUUUGGGGCUAUCACAGGAUGCCCAGGUAAUAGGGUGUUUUUCCUGUCCCUGACCUUCAUAUUUCUGAAGAAAAAAUCCAAGAACCAACAAAUUAGCUUGAUGUGGCCGAAUGAGAAAUUUACCAUCAUGGAUGAUGAUACUGAAAAGAACUUCCUAGUCGAUCAUUGUAUACAUACAGGAGUAUAUACAAGUGUUAUGUAUGACAUAAUUAUGUUAUCUUUAAUACUGCACUUUUGGAUGCAAUUAUUUAGAAUAAAUUCUGAAGUGUACCAGAAAUUUGUCAGUUUUGUUCAGCAUCACAUAAUAAACAAAAUUGACAAAGCCA